GAAUAUAUUCCGUACUUGUGGCUCUAAUGGCUGGCAAGGCAGAAGUAAGAUAUAAUCCUGCUGUUAUACAGCCCCCAAUGAUAGCAGAGUUCAUCAGAGAACUCGGAUUUGGAGCCACUAUGAUAGAAAAUGCUGAUGAAAGAGAUGGUGUUUUGGAACUUGUUGUGAGAGGAAUGACGUGUGCCUCCUGUGUACAUAAAAUAGAGUCUAUCCUCACAAAACACAGAGGAAUCUUCUACUGUUCUGUGGCCCUGGCAACCAACAAAGCACAUAUUAAGUAUGACCCAGAAAUUAUUGGCCCCAGGGAUAUUAUCCAUACAGUUGAAAGCUUAGGUUUUGAAGCUUCAUUGGUCAAAAAGGAUCGGUCAGCAAGCCACCUGGACCAUAAACGAGAAAUAAGACAGUGGAGACGGUCCUUUCUUGUGAGCCUCUUUUUCUGUAUUCCUGUAAUGGGGCUGAUGAUAUAUAUGAUGGUGAUGGACCACCAUCUUGCAACUCGUCACCAUAAUGAGAGCAUGAGUCAAGAAGAAAUGAUCAACAUUCAUUCUUCUAUGUUCCUGGAGCGCCAGAUCCUGCCAGGACUGUCCAUUAUGAAUUUGCUAUCCUUUCUAUUGUGUGUACCUGUACAGUUUUUUGGAGGCUGGUACUUCUACAUUCAGGCCUACAGAGCCCUGAAGCAUAAAACUGCAAAUAUGGAUGUACUGAUUGUGCUGGCAACCACCAUUGCAUUUGCCUACUCUUUGGUGAUUCUUCUGGUUGCAGUGUAUGAAAGAGCCAAAGUAAACCCUAUUACUUUCUUUGACACACCUCCUAUGCUAUUUGUCUUUAUUGCACUAGGCCGGUGGCUGGAACAUAUAGCAAAGGGCAAAACGUCAGAGGCUCUUGCCAAGCUAAUUUCACUACAAGCUACAGAAGCAACUAUUGUAACACUUGACUCUGAUAAUAUUCUCUUGAGUGAAGAACAAGUGGAUGUGGAACUUGUACAACGUGGAGACAUCAUUAAAGUGGUUCCAGGAGGCAAAUUCCCAGUGGAUGGUCGUGUUAUUGAAGGACAUUCUAUGGUAGAUGAGUCCCUUAUCACAGGGGAGGCAAUGCCUGUGGCUAAGAAAUCUGGCAGCACAGUGAUUGCUGGUUCCAUUAACCAGAAUGGGUCACUACUUAUCCGUGCAACCCAUGUUGGAGCUGACACAACACUUUCUCAAAUUGUCAAACUUGUGGAAGAGGCACAAACAUCAAAGGCUCCUAUCCAGCAGUUUGCAGACAAACUCAGUGGCUACUUUGUGCCUUUUAUUGUUAUCAUUUCCAUUGCUACCCUCUUGGUUUGGAUUAUAAUUGGAUUUCUGAAUUUUGAAAUUGUGGAAAUCUACUUUCCUGGAUAUAACAGAAGUAUCUCUCGAACAGAAACGAUAAUACGCUUUGCUUUCCAAGCCUCUAUCACAGUUCUGUGCAUUGCAUGCCCCUGUUCACUGGGACUAGCCACUCCAACUGCUGUGAUGGUGGGUACAGGAGUAGGUGCUCAAAAUGGCAUAUUAAUCAAAGGCGGCGAGCCAUUGGAGAUGGCUCAUAAGGUAAAGGUAGUGGUAUUUGAUAAGACUGGAACCAUUACCCAUGGAACCCCUGUAGUGAAUCAAGUAAAGGUUCUAGUGGAAAGUAACAGAUUAUCACGCAGUAAGAUCCUGGCCAUUGUGGGAACUGCUGAAAGUAACAGUGAACACCCUCUAGGAGCAGCUAUAACGAAGUACUGCAAGCAGGAGCUGGACACUGAAACCUUGGGUACGUGUAUAGAUUUCCAGGUUGUGCCAGGCUGUGGUAUUAGCUGUAAAGUCAUCAAUAUUGAAGGCUUGCUACAUAAGAAUAACUGGACGAUAGAGGAAAAUAACAUUAAAAAUGCAUCCCUGGUUCAAAUUGGCACAAAUAAUGAACAGUCAUCAACUUCCUCUUCCAUGAUUAUUGAUGCCCAGCUCUCAAAUGUUCUUAAUGCUCAACAGUACAAAGUCCUCAUUGGUAACCGGGAGUGGAUGAUUAGAAAUGGUCUUGUCAUUAAUAAUGAUGUAGAUGAUUCCAUGACUGAACAUGAGAGAAAAGGUCGGACUGCUGUAUUGGUGGCAGUUGAUGAUGAGCUGUGUGGCUUGAUAGCUAUUGCUGAUACAGUGAAGCCCGAAGCAGAAUUGGCUGUCCAUAUUCUGAAAUCCAUGGGCUUAGAAGUAGUUCUGAUGACUGGAGACAACAGUAAAACAGCUAAAUCUAUUGCUUCUCAGGUUGGCAUUACUAAGGUGUUUGCUGAAGUUCUCCCUUCUCAUAAGGUUGCUAAGGUGAAGCAGCUUCAGGAGGAGGGGAAACGGGUUGCAAUGGUAGGAGAUGGAAUCAAUGACUCUCCAGCUCUGGCAAUGGCUAAUGUUGGAAUUGCCAUUGGCACAGGUACAGAUGUAGCCAUUGAAGCAGCUGAUGUGGUUUUGAUAAGGAAUGAUCUUCUGGAUGUAGUGGCAAGUAUUGACUUAUCAAGGAAGACAGUCAAGAGGAUUCGGAUAAAUUUUGUUUUCGCUCUAAUUUAUAAUCUAGUUGGAAUUCCCAUAGCAGCUGGAGUUUUUAUGCCCAUUGGUUUGGUGUUGCAGCCCUGGAUGGGAUCUGCUGCAAUGGCUGCUUCAUCUGUUUCAGUAGUACUUUCUUCUCUCUUCCUUAAACUUUAUAGAAAACCAACUUAUGAGAAUUAUGAACUGCAUGCUCGAAGCCACAUGGGACAGAAAAGGCCUUCGGAAAUCAGCGUUCAUGUUGGAAUAGAUGACACCUCAAGAAAUUCUCCAAAACUGGGUUUGCUGGACCGGAUUGUUAAUUACAGUAGAGCCUCCAUAAAUUCACUACUAUCUGACAAACGGUCCCUAAACAGCAUUGGUACCAGUGAACCUGACAAACAUUCACUUCUGGUGGGAGACUGCAGGGAAGACGAUGACACCACAUUGUAACAGGCCACGGAGAGUGCUACUAGCCGAUGUUGUUACACACUGACACAGCAUUAGUGAUGUCACCUUAACUUUUCAAAAUAUUGUGGAGGGAUUUUAUAUUGGUCUCAUGCCCUGAUGUUAGGGAUUCUAUUUGAAUUGCAUUUGUCUAACGGCAAAAAAUAUCUUUUUUUUCAGAGCAUUAGCUCUGAACCUAGCUUUAUUUAAAA